GGAAAUAAUACACAUUUCUUCAGAAUUCUCAGCGCAUAGCUCGAUACCAUGGCAUCAGAUACCCACAUGGUCACCGGCGGCAGUGGCUUUAUCGCCAUCCAUCUCGUCAAUCAGCUCCUGCAAGCCGGAUAUAACGUGCACACUACUGUACGCGACUUGACCAACACGCGAAAAGUCCAGCCACUACGAGACUUGCAAGAGAAAUACCCCGGGAAGCUUGACCUCUUUGAAGCAGAUCUUCUCAAACCGGGUUCAUUUGAACCUGCUAUGAAAGACUGCUCGGUGGUUCAUCAUGUUGCGUCUCCGUUUUUGAUGGCCGAGAAGAUCAAAGAUGGACAGAAGGACAUGGUAGAUCCUGCGUUGCAAGGAACGCGUAAUGUUUUGAACAGCGUGAACAGCACCGAAACUGUCAAACGGGUGGUUUUGACAUCUACUAUCGGUGCUAUCUUUGGAGACUAUAUCGAUGUGAAGAGCAUGAAAGACAGCAUCUUGGCUGAGAGCUACUUCAACGAAUCAAGCUCCGUUACUCACAAUCCAUAUCACUAUUCCAAAGUCGUCGCCGAGAAAGAAGCCUGGAAAAUCCAAAAGGCCCAAUCACGCUGGGACAUGGUAGCCAUCUGCCCCGGCCUAGUCCUCGGUCCCUCCCUCACAGCAGGAUCAGAUUCCGGAAGUCUCUUCUUGCUAGACGAGCUAUUCAGCGGACAGCUUUGGUUCGGCGUUCCCGAUCUGAGUUUCUGCACCGUUGAUGUGAGGGAGGUAGCUACGGCGCAUAUCAGGGCAGCAGAGACGGAGUCUGCGCAGGGGCGAUACAUCAUCUGUGAUAAAGAGAUGGUGAGAUUUGUGGAUAUCUCGAAGCAUAUACGGCCUCAAGCGAAGCGCCGCUGGGUUCUUCCGCGUCACACGCUGCCGAAUUUAUUGAUUCGGAUCGUUGGGCCUUUGUUUGGACUGACGCAGAAGUGGAUGCGGGCGAAUCUCGGGGUGAGGUUUGAGGUUGGCAAUGAGCGUGGGAUCAAGGAACUUGGGAUCGUGUACCGGCCUCUGAACGAGACGUUGGAUGAUCACUACAAAUCAUGGCAGGCUCAAAAGAUACCCACGUCAGUGAGGUGAUGGGGUAGGUAUUUUGUUUAGCCAUAGUUCUGUGCAUACCUAAUUAGUGUAUUUGGUUCAUACCCUUGUGUUUUCUUUUUAUUCACC